GUGGCUAAAUUAUUUGAUCAAAUCAUUUUAUUUAGGAUCUAAAGAUGCCAGCCGAAGCUAAUAAUCUUCCCGACAGUGAGGCCGUGCCAUCAGGACUUCGAGAGGUCUCACUAAUCCUUCGCGUGGCCCAUAAAAUACAUCCCACACAUCCUCGGAUUGCUUACCUAUGUGUGCUUGCAGCACUUGAAGAGUCGAGAAUCGUUCUCUCCUUGGACUUUCAAAUUGAUGUUAUGGAGUUUAUGUCUUCUCUUUCGUAUUGGACUAAAACCAAUGAUGAAAAACAUGGGGAUGGAAAAGUGAGGCCUAGUGAUGCACGUGAUAUGCAGAGUUUCUAUCUAGAGUAUUACGAGAAAAACAUCCAAGCUUUGUUCAAGUUUCUUGAAGACAACCGAUAUUUUGAAGGAUAUGCCUUUGAGUACGACAAAACAUUUGAAAGAUAA